CUCGUCCCUCUCUCCCUCUCGAAACUGUUGUCGCAAGUCGCCCACUCGCGAGCGCCGCCCUCUGCAUAGAUCGAGUACUCGCUCCCUCUACCUGUGAACGCCCAAUCUUCCCACCACUGCUUCUUCUUCAAACAAUUAUCAAACCGCGUCGCUGUUUGCCAUAAUCCUCGGUCUCUUGAUCCUUUUCCGCUCACUCCCAGCAGCGCGCUGUGUAACCUGCCUGUACCGGGUCCCAGUCGAGACAUUCAUUGUCUCAGUAAGUCAUCUCAAAGUCACCUGAUUGCACCUGAUCACCAUCAGAUCACGGGCUGCGCUUCAUCUCCACGGGUGAGCGCAGCUCAUCAUGAUUUCAUCCCAAGACUACUCAUUGUUGCAGUCCAAAUGCCAGCGUCUUCGCACGCUUGCCCUGCAGCCGGCCGCACGUUGCCGUCGAGGACACAGCUCCUCGAACACGCUGGCUGUGUCGGCUGAGCUCCUAGCAGCUGAAUUGGAACAGCUCAUGAUGCCUUGAGCUCGCCCAAAUAUCCCCCAGCCAGAAGUCCUCAUGUGACGACUGCUGGCAACACACCAUCUUUGCCCUUUCUCUUCGCAGCGCUUGGAGCCGCUAUUUGCAUCUUUUCAAGACUCUGACCGUGGCCAUGGCUAACCCAACUGUAGAGCAGACUUCUGCCCUCGAGAUCAAGCCCGCGGCCGACCCGUGGGUUGCUCCUGAUACGCGCUGUUUCAUUGCUCAGUCACAAACCUUACAAAAGAAUCUCAUCGGCAGGCCAAUAGUGCCUGUCUCGGUCCCUGUGCACAAUGGCUACCCAAGGCAUUGGCACAAAUGCCAUGACCACCACGCAAACUGCGGAUCCAGGUCUGAACAACAACAACAAUAGUAACAAGCGCAAGCGCGGACCCAGCGAGCAAGAUGACGGGCGUGACGCAAAACAACAAAAUACCAAUGGGGACCAUGACCCCGUUAACUACGCAGCGUUACUCCAAGGUAUCGAUGCCAUGACUGGCCAAGACGAUAGCACCCGUACCGCCCAAGCGGCUCUAGCUGCCCCCAUGGAACAGUCCAACUACCCCGAGCCCACUCAGUAUGAAGGAGGUCCAGGAAUGCCCACAGGAUUUGAAGAUGCCAAUCAAACCUCGCUUUCCCAGAUGUCGCCUGGCCAAGGUAUGCCAUCUGGCGCGCCGGGUAUGCCGACUGCACAACAGGCUCUUUUGGAAGCUCGCGGUGGUAGUGGUGCGCAGAAGCCGGCGGUGGGAACUGCAGAAUGGCAUCAACAACGCAAAGACAAUCACAAGGAAGUUGAACGUCGUCGCCGCGAAGUCAUCAACGAAGGCAUUGAGAACAUUGCCAAGAUCGUCCCCUGCACCGAAAAGAACAAAGGCGCCAUUCUCCAGCGUACCUGUCAAUACAUCACCGAACUGCAGACCCAGAAGAAGUCCUUUGAGACCGAACGUGCCACCUUUGAGAUCACCCUCAAGGAGCUGACUAGCCGGUGUGAGCGCCUCAAGGAAAGCGUCCGCACUGCUUGGAUGGAGAGCGCCAAGUGGCAGCAACGAUGCCGUGAGGCCGGACUGCACUUUGACGAUUACGACGAUGGUGGUCUGCCCAGCCUAGAAGAGGACGACGAUGUCAACGUCAACCUCAAUGUCAAUGCUGAUGCCGCCGUGGUCUCCUAGCAACGAGAUCUCUACUAUUACUACCUCCCAAGUCAGGCGGAGAGAUCAAUGGGACUGGGUUGAAUUCUCAAAUUGACCUUGCUGUCAAAGGUACAUGCUUGCACUUGAUGUGCCUCAGCUGCUUGUAUCUCGCCAACAUACAAUUCCAUCAAGAUCCCCAUUCUUCGAUGGACGUGCAUCAAUGGUGUUUUGGGCGUGUCAGGACAGAAAUUGGCUUUUUUCCGGGUUAAUGAGUGGCGGUCAUGCGUUCAAUAGUCAUGGACAUGAAAGCUGCUACAGUGCGCAAGGCAAAUGACAACAUGGCAUAUGUUGUGGCUGUGAAUGACUGAGGAAUGGAAACGAGUGACAUGGUUUGGCUGAGCUCAGCAUCACGGACAGCCCUUUACUAUGGGGUGGAUAUCAGGGUGCCGUUCGCCAUCACUUGCAUCAACCUGGCGUCUCCUUGGGUGUUUGUACAUGGUUGUUUUGUGUAUCUUCCUUUUUCCCUUUUUCUGGAACAAUGAGCACCACUAGCUGUCCAGAUGAAAAACCACUAUUAGACUACUACCUGGUACUUAGUCGUGCCUAAUUCCACACGGUAGUCUAAACUGUACUGUAUGUACCGCACUUGCUGUCUAGUAGUAGUAAGUACUGUACAGCUGCACUUGGGGAAUUGUAGCACCCAAGAGUGGAUAUUACAUGGCAAUACGAGGUUGAGGAUGAAGAUCAAUAGGUAUCAAUACCAAUACUAG